GUUGUGAAAGAAGCUGGGUCUGCGGUGUCACCGGCCUUGAAUGCGCUGGCUAGUAGGUCAGAGCGUCAUGCAGAGUCAGUGUUUCACAGACUUGCAUCGGAGCAAGGGCUUGCUCUGGAUAUUCCGCUGACUGAGCUGACUUUAGACUCCAACACUGUUGUGCCGGUACUUCUUCUUUCAGAUUGGAUCAAGAAACUUUUGAAGACCGGGAACUGGCACACUCUUGCUGGUGUUUCUCACCGGGAUGCAGCAGCAGAAGAGUUGCAGUUGUUCUGGGACCGCUGGAGAGACUUGAGACCCACGCAUCAAAUUUUCGAGUUUGAGAAAUCUCACGGAGUUGUUCUUUCUCGAACCGUCCCCAUGAUGCUUCAUGGGGACGAGGGCGGGGAAAGAAGAGGACAGCAGUGAUGUGCAUCUCGGCCCAUUCCGCUUUAGGAAAAGGCGUUCAGACCCGAAAGAAGCGGAAAUUGGAUCAUCAGCUUACCGAACAACAGCUCAAUUACGCAGGUGCAACGCAUGUGACGAGGUAUUUGAUGGCAACCCUGCCGAAACAAUACUAUGAGGCUGCUGACAGCCAAGUCUUCGAACGAUUGUUGGAAGAGUUGUCGAAGGACAUUGGGCGAUUGUCCCGCGAAGGUUUGCUGUGCGAAGAUACUGGACUUCGAUACUGGAUCAGUCCCCUUUGCAUUAAAGGGGACUGGCCAUUUCUUCACAAAGUCGCUGGAUUGGAGAGAAGCUUCUAUAGUCAACCCAAAAGAGAACGGGCUGCCAGACCUUGCCGAGGGAUUUGCCACUUCUGCCUAGCAGGCAGGGAUGGUAUUCCAUUUGAGGAUUGCUCCCAGGGGGCCGAAUGGCAAUAUACCAUGGGCAUUGAGAAGCCAUGGAGCAAGCGGCCAGUGAUCUUGGACUUUUUGACGCACGACCCAACGUUUGAGGAAAUUUUCUUUAUGUGCGAUCCAUGGCACACAUGGCACCUCGGCGAAGGCAGGAACUUUGCUUGCAACUGCAUCAAGUUACUUUUGGACAUUACACCCGGCAGAAAUGUCGAUGUGAGACUUGCACACUUGUUUACAACGUACAGAGAGUUUUGCCGCAGGGCGCGUGUGCAAUGUUACGCGAACAGAUUCUCUUCAAAUCUAUGUGGGUUGGUAGCUUCAGAUUUCCCCACCGGAUCGUGGACGAAAGGAAACUUUACAACCUCGCUUGUAAAAUGGUUAGCUGACUAUCUGUCUGCGCAGCGCAACAACUUUGUUCGGGGAAGCCUUCUGGACUUAGCAGC